CCUAAUUCUGCGCUGCCAGCGCACAGUCAAUCCUUUUCAACCCACACGACUACCACUCAAAUGAACCAUGAAUUCCAGAUGCCAGACGUCUUCGUCGUCCCCCCAGAGGAAGACGAAGUACCAGGCUGGUGCUGCUUCAAUGCAGCACAACCACUCCAGGAACGCGAGGACGCUGUAGAGGAUUUGGUCCCAGAGGUUGGCUUCCUGGACGACACAGACGACGAUGCCUCAACCCGCAAAGGAACGUCCCCAGAAACGCUCUCAGUCGUCGACUCGUUGAUGAGCAGCGACUACAACAUUGACCAUGCCAACACCGACUCUGAUUCAGACUUGGACUACGAAUCAGAAUACGAAGAAGAUAAUCAGCAGCAUGUCCGUCACCACCACCAUGAUCAUGACCAGCACCACAACCCCCAUUCAGCUCGUCGAGAUUCACCGAGGACCAAUAUUGAGGAGUCUGGGAACGAUUCCGAUGUCAUAGAAGUUGUCAAGGUCAGCCGAAGCAAACGCGAGGAACUGGCAGACCUCCAGGUGCUUCCGCCACCUCCUGGCAUGAAAAGGUCGACUACCUUCAAAGCCAAAGCUUCCAAAGCAUUUCGGUCUCUCAGCGGCGCUUUCCGAUCUUCGAAACAAUCUUCCAAGCCUCGUGCAGCGGACAUCUUUCCUUCUCGUCCGUCAUCUAGGUCGAGUUACCACCACCAAGAUAACAAUGAAGAACCCCAGCCAUUGCAACCCGGAGAACCACGUCCUCGCACUCCCGCGGCUCGUGUUUCGCGCCGUUUCUCCCAACUGUUCACCGUCAAAUCUCGCAACUCAGCUACAUCUGAAUCUCAUGUAGAUGAGAUGGGCACACCUUCCCCCUCGGAAACUGCAUUUUCCACCAGAUCUUCAUGCUCCGAAAACCCACCGACUGACUCUGAGUCGCAGAAUCCCCUUCCCACCGCCACCUCUACUCGCCGGAAUUCAGUGUAUCAGGAUGCACUGACCGGUGCUCCCCUGGAGCCACGCCGGCCCACCGGUGGGUCUACCAGAUCCACAACCCGUCGGUUCUCCGUGGUCAACCUGCAGAAGAUCUUCUCUUUCUCAUCCGGCCAACCGGAUUCAGACCAACAUGAUCAAACACCAGCCACCGAUCCUCCGCAACCACCAGAACCAGACGUGGACUCUGGAAGAACCACUCCAACUCUAAAACGAAAGUCUUCGAGUCUCCCAUCAACCUCCUCGGACUCGUCGACUGCUCCUCAAACGCCUACCAGCACCGAGGACAUACCACCCGUUAUUGCACUUGUGGACGGUGGUCGAUCUUCCCUGUUGCACGAGGAAGCACGGAGCCCUCUCGACUUUGAAAGUUUCGGGAAGGGGCUGGGUAUUCUUCCUUCGGAUAGUAACUCAUUGCAGAAACAACCCGUUAGACCAAUCUCUCCAGAGACUCCACCGCUGUACCGUCGGUUCUCUUCGAGCAGUUACAGAUCAUCCAUGGAGACGACCGCCACUUCCAUUAAGCAACAGCCACCACAGUUGCCACCCCUUCCCGAACCUGUGCGUGCCACGACGCUCCCCGCUAUCGUUCCUGGUGAUUCUGAUACGGAGAUGGAUGGGAAGGGGGAUGUUAGCUUUGAGAUGCGACUUGAUUCACUGCAUUUCGACUCGCUUUCCUUUGACGCUGAUCGCUUCAUUAUCGGUGAUGACAGGUGA